UCCAUAGCUGGAAUCCCGGCAAAUAUGCGAAAGGAGGGGCACCGGUCAGCAUCUCUCCUUCGAACAUGCAAAGGGACACUGCAGCUUGUGAUAGGUCAGGGCAUUGUCUUUCCAAAUGACACGUUCGACCUGAAGAUACAAUACAACACGCACAUAGAAGGUGCAUACAAUGAGCGACAACGUCUCCGAUGACGGCGGAAGGGACCGCACUUCCUCUUCCCCGGGCGAGGUCUUGUACGCGAAAACAUGCCAGACCUGCUUCUCCCUCAAGAUACGAUGCGACAGGACACAACGAAAAGACAAAUGCGACCGGUGCGCACGAUUGGGCAAGACAUGCACCCUCCGCCCCGCUCGCCGGCGCGAUAACUCGGCCAAACGCGAUUCGCGCAUACAGGCCCUCGAGGCUCAAGUCCAAAACCUUCUCCGCCUCCAGGAUCCAACCCACAAUGCUCAACAACCUCUCCCUACCGUCAGCGAAGUUGCUCCGAUGCCAAUCGCCCCGGCGACGGAACCCGCUACCUCCAUUGAUAUUAAUGAGAGUCGCGAGGAAGACGUUGUCGAUGAAGGGAUUCUCACCAUCGAGCGUGCCGAUGUUUUGGUCGAACUGUAUAAAUCGGAGAUGAUGGCCCAUUUUCCAUUCGUCAUUCUGGCGCCGCAAGAGACCGCGCAAACAUUGCGACACAAACCUAUGCUCUUCCUGGCCAUAGUUCUGGUCGCAAGUUACAAUGACUUGACGGCUCAAGAGAUUCUGGGAGAAAGAUUCAAGCAAAUGUUGGUUGAUAAAGUGCUCUACGGCGGAGAUACAUACUUGGAGUUGUGGUAUUUGCAGGGACUCAUGGUGGUGGUCGCAUGGGGCCAUUACCACGGCCAGACGACAUUCACUACACAAUAUCUUCAAAUGGCCGUCUCCGUAGCGGUGGAUAUGCGACUUGACCGUAAGCCACUCCAGCGUAAGCGUGUAUCCCACAACGAUAAGCGCGAUCCGCUGCUCAAGGGAGCCCCAGGAACGCAAACUUGGGGUCCUGAAGAGCAACGCGCAGCAGCCGGUCUUUUCUAUCUUGCUUCUUCCGUGUCGAAACUUUUAGACAAGUUGAACGUUUUCCCAUGUAGCCCGACAAUCGAGGAAGGCUGCAUGUCGCUGGGACGUACGGGUGAAUAUCGUACCGACAGAGAUCUUUAUCACAUCAUUCGCCUGCAGCGGAUCAUUGAGGGCAUCGAAAAGAUAUCCAGAGAGUCCAACACUGACGCCGAGGCGCACGACGCCUACUUACGCGUUCGUUCUGAGCUCGAGGAAUUCCGGAUAUAUCUCAGUCACGACAUUACAGACAACAACUGUCUCAUCAUGCAGUUUCAUAUAGCCAAGAUCUUCCUGUACCAAGUAGCUUUCUUCGAGCGCAAUCUCCAACAAUCUCCGCUCUUGAACCUGUCCAUGCUCAGCGAAGGUCUUGAAUCCUCUAGGUCAUUCCUAGAUAUCUAUCUUAUGAUGCCACCAAAGGCAGAAAUGGUCCUGACACUUACAGAAUGGGUACAACUUUCAUUCGGCGUAACGCAGGCGGCUAAGUUUGCAAUCGUAGCCAAGUCACCUAAUGUAGAGAGGCAAACUCGCGAGUUGCGGAAAAAUCUCAAUAUCGAGCAUCUGUUCCGGCAUUUACGGCUACGGAUCGGCGGGUUGAUCGGUAGGGGAGGGACAGGAGAGAUUGCAAAAGACGUUUUCGUUCGCUGGGAUACCAGGUUGAGCAAAAUUCAAAUCUGGUACCAGCAAUUAAACAAAGCAACCCAGUAUCAUGAGACUUCGUCACCUCCAUCAAUCAGCCUUCAUCCUUCAACAUCUGCGACGCCGCCCUCGCAUCAGCAGCCAUCGUACACAUCAUCUAUAGCAUCGGCGUCACCUCAACCGUCUGCAGAAGUGCCCCUCCUGCCGACAUACAGCCAUCAACAACCGCAUCCUUAUCCAAUGCAAUUAAUUGGCGAGCAAUUUCCAGACCCUUCGACAAAUAUACCGGUUAUGCCUUCAGACCCGUAUUCGUACAGCACUGCGCCUGCGCUUACUUUUCCUGAAUUCAUGAGCGCCCCGGGCUGGGAUGCACUAUUCAGUGUUCCGAUGGAGGAUGUGAGCUGGAUGACGGAUGGCAGUUCACCUGGGGAUUUGAGGUGGGAAAGUCAAUAUGACUCGACUUCGAAUUUCUAA